AUGAAAGUUUCAAGUGAAAUGAAAGUAGAAGUUUCUGAAGAAAUGAAAGUAUUCAAGGAAGGGAUUCAAUUGGUUAUAAAUUCUUGGUGGGAGAUUCAAAGUUUCAUCAAGAAAGAGCGUGGUGGCAUUCACUCCUCGCGCAAAGUUGAUGAACUUUGUCAUAGUAUAUUUUCUUGGUUCAUUGAAUCCAAAGAAGAAUCACUUAGGCUUGCUUCUGCAAAAAUUACACUUCCACAAAGAAUGUUUCGUUUCGUUGGAAUUAUCGGUUCUCUUGAUGAUAGUGUUAAGCGGCUCUGUGAACUAGUAUGGGCUAUGUAUGAAGAAUGUAACACCGGUGAUUUCACCUCUGUUGAAUUAAUAAAAGAAGUCAGUCUUACCCUAGCUCGUCGACUAAUACAAAAACAAGUAUGUACAUCUUAUGAUAUCAACGAUUCUGGAGGUCGUUUGCAAGGACAAUCUCUAAACGAGUUUAGAGAAGGGGUUGAUUUGGUUAUGGAGAAGUUGUGGGUUGAUUGCGGACCAAACCCCCACGAUAUGCUUGAAGAUAUCACCGAAGUUGAUUUCUGA